AAAGUAGUCCAGCGGCUCCUAGCGGGAUGGGAUAUAAGUAGAAGAGAAUCCCGCUGUCUGGCAGUGAAGUUCCCUCCACCGACUCAGCACAAUGAACUCCAAGAUUUUCUUCCUGGUGUGCAUGGCGGCCGUGACUGCCGCAGACAAGCGGCCCUCUUUCUCCUACGGUGCUCCGCAGUUCUCAUCCGAGGAAACUGGCCCCGCUCAGUACAACUUCAACUGGGCAGUCAACGAUGCUCCUUCAGCUAACGACUUCGGUCAUCAGGAGACCCGCGACAACGACAACACUCAAGGGUCGUACUCCGUACAGCUUCCCGAUGGUCGUCUCCAGACCGUCACUUACUACGUCAACGGCGACUCUGGCUACAUCGCUGAUGUCCAGUACAAGGGCGAGGCUCGCUACCCCGACUCUGAUGAGGUCAGGUCUUAUGCCCCUCCAAGACCCCAGUACGGAUAAGACCAUCGUUCGGAUAAGAACACUGUACAGAUAUGACCCUAGUACGGAUAAGAACAUGCCCCAAUGAUAUUUUUUGGCGAAUGAAUGACUACGGCUGAUUGUACAAAUGCUUAUUUAUUUAUGUUGUCUAUUGAUAGCUUGCACUUAUGUAUGUGAAAAAUACAAAAAUAUUUCCAUUCA